UAAUAUAAUAUCUAUGUUAUGGAAUAAGCUAGUGAUUAUUGUCUGUAUGUGUUCUAGGCACCCAUACAUCGUUUUCUUCCACCUGGUGUUCCGUUGUUCCGCUAUCGCAGUGUACAUGUUGUGCGGUUGGUUUUCGGAUUCAUUUAUCGCCAGCUUUGUAAUGGUUGUGCUACUGCUCUCUGCUGAUUUUUGGACUGUUAAAAAUAUAACUGGGAGAUUGUUAGUGGGACUCAGGUGGUGGAAUUACGUGGAUGAUGAUGGGAAAUCACAUUGGGUCUUCGAAUGUAAACAGAGUCGUGUGAACCGCAACGAGAGCAGGUUGUUCUGGUUGGGGCUGGUGAUGUGUCCGCUGGUGUGGAGCGGGUUCUUCAUCAUCUGCCUGUUCGGGUUCAAGUUCGAGUGGCUGCUGCUGGUGUGCAUAGCGCUGACAUUGUCCGGUGCUAACCUGUACGGGUACCUGAAGUGCAAGUUGGGUUCCCGUGGGAACCUGCAGGCAGCGACCACACAGUUCGUGCGCACACAGAUCCUCAACAACGCAUCCGCGCUGUUCCAGCAGUCGCCCCGCCCCGCCACUACUACCAAUACUAACGUUAUAUAAAACCACUCAAAAAAUAUAACUUUUUUAUUUGCCGUAACUUU